GAAAAAAAAAAAAAAAGUCCAUGGGGGGUCCCGCCAGAGGAUGAGCCAUUGAGCCGUAAAAGUGCGAAAGCGAGAAGAGCAAGAGACAGAGAGAGAGAGAGAUUGGUAACACCCAAAAAUGAUUGCAAUGUGCUCAGCUUCCACCAUUAACACUGACCACCUUCGUUCUCAACUCGAUCAACUUCACUCUGAAGCUCACAUUACACGAACAAAAGCUAAUAAUGCAAGAUUUAGGCUCCUACGGCUGUCAGAAGCAGCUGAAAACUUACGUCGACAAGCAGCACUAAGUGUACGGAAGGGAAAAGAAAAUGAUGCCCGGGAGCUUCUUUUCCAGAAGAAGAAAAUUAUGUCAGCUUUGGAGAAGUCAAAAGGUCGUGUAGAAUUGCUUGACGAGCUUGCAGCAAAGCUAAAUGAGGCAAUAUCAAUCAAAGAAGCACAAUUAGUCAGGGACGUUGCAUCAGAUCUUGAUAUUGAUGGAGAUGAUGCUGGAGGUCCUGUACGGAUUGUCUCUCCAACACAAGAUGACUUGAAGAUUUUAGAUGAUGACAACGAUGCCACCUUCAACCGAUCUGAUGUCUCUGAAAACCAAGAAGUCAUGCCUGAUAUUGACAGCGAAGGAAUUAUGCUGUCUUAUAGCGAGGCAGAGGAAACAGUUCCUGAAAGCAUCAACUGUGGGACUGAAACAAACAUGUCAAGUAGCUUCAGAGGUCCAUCGUCUUAUAUUGAUUUCUUGGAGGAUCUUGACCAACAAUUAAAUAAAAUAGAAAAUGACUUGGUCACCAGUUUAGAGCUUCCAGCCCUGGUACUAGAAAAUGAAGAGAAACCCAAAGUAAAACAAAUGGAGAUUCUUGAACACAUUCGCGUUGCUAGAGUGAGAAUACGCAAGUAUGUCGAGGAAAUUGCAGGGAACAAGUAGAUGCCUGUCUAGGUUUCCAGAGGAGAUGACACUAACAAGAGGUAUGUUUUAAAAAAUGAUGGAAAAACUGUUUAGGGGAAAAUCUAAUGAUGAGAAACUUGAGGAAGAUGGUACCCAUGGCUCUGCAGCAACUUACAGCAACUCAAGGAACCAGAGAUGGAGCUAUAUCAUUAGUCAAAUUGGAGCUAUAUCAUUAGUCAAAUUGGAGCUGUAUCAUCAUAAGUCAAAGCAGAAUCCGAAGUUCAGAUAAAGAUCUGUUAAGAGAACAUUGAUCCUCCAGCUAUAAGGUAGAAAGAGUGUGCCACUUCAUGUACCCAUUGCGGCUGCUAGAAGUUAAAAAUUUGAGUGGCCAACUUGACUCAGAGAAAGUGUUGUUUUCAUAGAACUGCUUCAAUAUAUUAGGUUUUUCACCCACUUAAAAGACAGUCUGCAGGUUUAUCUGCUGCUGGUUUGGCUCCCUGACAGUCAUUCUAAAUUUCUGAUCCUGAUUUAAAUUGCUGUUAGCCUCUGGUUGGGCACUUGGACUUCUCUUAGGGUCAAAAGUGCAGUAAAACAUCAGAUCUGGGAAAUUUCUCUGGAAAGACAUACUGUAAUCACAGUACUUAUGCAUAGUACAUUUUGUGAACUUAUCUCAGCAUCAAUAAUAUUUUUUAAUUGCAAUGA